CGACACCUUGAGAGGAGAGUGUCUUUGAGUGGUUUCAUGAAAAACGUGGCCGAACUGAAUUAAAUAAUAUCGCGCCGAAUAACAAAAGGAAACAUCCACUUACCGGAACGUCAAACCUAGUGCGUUAGUGAUAAAACGGGAAAAGCAAAGUGUUCGCUUGAAGUGAAACUUUGACGCGAUAAUUUGUGUCCGUGAAAUCAGCAAACACAAAGCGAAUUCUAGUGUAGCUAAGAGAAAAAAAAAACAUUUGUCAGCGGAGACCGUAGCGGGGAGCUUUAGUGGAAAGUUGAACCGCAUAGUGAAGAGAAAGAAGAAAAAAAAACAGAGGCACCGGUAAGCCUUUAUCUUUGCCAAGUUUUAUGUACCAAGAAAAAGGAAUAGCGACCGUUAAGUGCAAUUCAAUCAAAGAAGUGGUUUCCAGAAUAGUUGUCAGAUUGGAAGACAAAAAAGAACGGGCAAAUGCGAUGGCAAUGAUUAAUGGAAACUUAAUGGAAUAAGCUGCAUGAGAAAGGGUUUUAUGCUAGUGCUUUGACAGUACAUCUUAUGCGAGUGACCAUCUAUUUGUGCUUUUUCAUCAAUAACUGAAACCAUACAGCGAUUGAUUCUUCAAAAGGUAGUCAACCCAAAAAGCAGAUACUUCUGAAGCAAGAUGAAUCCGAUCCCACGAGAACGAGAUAAGUCGCACACAACGACCGAACGAUCGGCGUGUAGUUCCUCGAAUCUGCUACACGCCCUAUCAGACGACAGCGAAAUCGAGUGCCUCGAGGAGAAUGUCGUUAUAGAUGAAAUAACCGAACUGGAACCGACUUCCAUGGUAUUGCGAUACUGUAAAGGAAAGUUCCUUCGACCGUACGUCUGCAUCCUGGGCUUGGUUGGACUGCGGCCAAACGCAGUCGAUGUGGACCUUUGUACCCUGCUGGGACACUUGCAGUCGAUCAUGGUGCUAAUGCUGCUGCUGGCCGGCUAUGUGCUGCAGUAUCUGUCCGGAUUUCGACGUGACCGUGGUUUCCUGGCGAUGAAUCCACCCACCACAUUCAUAAACAUUGACAAGCAGCCGGAUCAGUUUCCCAUCAGACCACCAACAACCACGCCACCGAUUCCGAAUCUGGGUUUUGCAACCGUUACCACAGCUGCCGGCACGAUUAUGAAGACAAUAAUGCUCAAUACCGGUGAAAUGAUAUUCAUUUACAUAAUUCCGGCCAUGUUGCAUCUCGGUGGCUUUGUGAUGGCAGUUUACAUUUACCGCUUCGCCGAUAACGAACAUUUGCAGUGUUUAAUAGAAAGGGUUUUCAUCCUGUGCAACAUUCCCCGUCGGCUGGUGGUAACUUUCUGGGUCUAUUUCGUCCUCGGAACGCUCUGGUUGGCUGGAUCCACUGCGUACAUCUACCUGCUGACGUUGAACCAUUCCUAUGUCAGCACCGACAUCAGGUGGAGUGACUCGUGGGAGGAGCUGGACCCUACCGACCGAGACUACGUUCGAGUUUUUCUCUGUGUCGCGCUGUUCUUCCACGAUCUCGUCCAGGUCGUUAUCGUCGUCAGCUAUAGUCUCAUGUGUUACUUGCUGCGCUGCUAUCUGGUGGGACUGAAGGAAAAGCUGCUGCUGCACACCAUCGAACCCCUGAACUGGAUGCGGGAGAUUUGUGAAUUCCGCAAGCUGUUACAUCAUUUGAAUGCGAAAAUCUCACUGCCCGUCGCUUGCCUAACGUUGCUGAACCUGAGCUACACGUUCUCCAGCAUAGCCCAUCUAUUCCAGGACAUGAAUUCCUGUCCAAUUAGAGUGUUCAGCUAUACCUUCGCCAACGUGCUGCUAUGGCUGGUCAUCUCGUUGACGCCGUUUUUCCAAGCAGCGGCACUGACUGUAUCGUGUCGCCAAACGCAAACCUGUGGGCACCUGAUCAGCAUUCGUCCGUUCGUGCACCGGAACACCUCGUCCGAGGAUCUGAACACGGUCCUGCUGUACGCCUCGUCGCUGAACAUGUCGGCGAAGCUGUUUCGCAUGCCAAUCAGUGCACACUAUUUGUGUUUCUUUGUGUUUGUCUGUAUCGUGGCACUACUCACAUUCGGAAUGUGUCUCAGCCUGGCAAUCGGCGGGGCAUGAUUGGCACUCUUCAAACAACAACAACAACCACCCCGGACCCGCGCGCGGUACAUCGAACCGGAAGUGCUACCACCACCGUAAGACACACUUCAAACUCGUGUGACGUUGUUUCUGCCAACUGUACGAGAACGACGAAGUGUGAUUGCCUUAGUUGUGUUACAGUUACAGCAGUCGAGGGGGCGUAGGAGCAGACAAAAAGCAACAAAAUCAAUAAGAGACAAUAUGUAUCUGUAGUGGAAGUAAGCAAUUUUGUGGCAAUACCAUGGGAAUUCGCUUUCAAACUCCCGGCGUUGCACUCGCAGAAUUUGAUUUUCGAUUCCAAUUGUGUAAAUAAGGGAAUUUGGGACAAUCGUAUCAAUAUUGCUACACACGUAGGAUACGAUGCGUCGGGAGACCUAUGUUGAAAAAAAAACAUCAUGGGUGAGCAGGAUUCGAGCGUUUGAACAUUGGAAAAUUAUUCAACGGGCUAUUUAUUUUCCAUUUUGUAGUAUCGGUAUACAGGA